AUGUAUGGCCUGUAUUUGGAAGCAGUGAAUGACUACAUAAAUGAAUCAUAUGGAGAGGACGUAUGGAGGCUAAUUGAGGCCAGAGCCGAAAUCCCUCACCUCAAAUUUGUUCGCCAUCAGAUGUACAAUGAUAAUCUGAUUCUAAGGCUGGCGAAGGCAGCUGGGGAAGUUUUAGGAAAAACUCAUGAUGAGCUGAUGUAUGCUUUCGGGGUCUAUAUGGUCAAGCGGAUAGGAAACUACGGCUAUGAGAGGAUCCUAAAGGUACUGGGGCGCAAUGUUCGAGACUUCAUCAAUGAGCUGGAUAACCUGCACGAGUAUUUCCGUUUCUCCUUCCCAAAAGUCCAGCCACCCAGUUUCUGUGUGGAGGAGGAAUGUGAGACCAGCCUUACUCUGCACUACCGAUCAACCAGGAAGGGCUUCACACAGUUCGUCAAAGGACAGCUCUCUCAGGUGGGCCGACAGUUUUACAACACAGACAUUGAGGUGGAGAUUCUGUCCAAAGAGGAAACAGAGAAAAUGACAUAUGUGGUGUACAAGAUGAAUUUUGACAAUGCUGCAUUUAAGCACCGUAUGCCCCAGCAGAAAACAGCUCCAGGCUAUGAGAAACUGCCCAUGAAGCGAGGAAUCUUCUUUGACAUGUUCCCCUUCAGCGUGAUCUUCCGCAGGGAUAUGACCAUGUAUCGAAUUGGAGAUGGUUUGAAAGAAGUGUUUUCUGAUCUGCAGGGCAAAAAGGUCAAUGAGGAGUUUACACUGGUGCGGCCCAUGCUGGAAUUCAGCUGGGAUAAUAUCUACACCCAUCUCAACAAUGUGUUUGAGCUACUAUCUAAGGCUGUGGUUGAAAGCAAACAGAAGGUCAACAUCCCCAAACUCAGCAAAGAAGAACCAGAGGAGAAAGAGGAGAGUGAGAAACCCAAAAAGGAAGAGAGAGACAUUAAGGUGAUGGAGGAAAUGAAGGGGACGGAUCAGGAAUACUGCAGCGCUCUGACUCAGUACAACAGCUCUGCUAAUUCUGGAGGAGAAGACAUUGAGCUGCUGGCUUUUCAGACUGUCACUGGUAAGUGCAGUGAAACCAUAUUUGAAGACAUGCGAGAGCCCCCUAAAAAGCCUCUUCACCUAAAGGGCCAGAUGAAGUACGUCCCUCAGUGGGACUCGCUAAUCUUCCUUGGAACUCCCAUUAUUGAGACAGUAGAGGACAUGAUAAAAAUGGGUGUUUACGUCAAUGAUUUAAACCUGCACGACUCGAGCAGAGAGCUCAUCCUGGCCGGAACACAGCAAUCAGCCGAACUGCAACUGGCACUUGACCAGGAGCAGCAGAAGUAUGCACAGCUGCAGGAGAUCAUUAAAAAGUUGGAUGAGGAGAAGAAAAGAGGAGACUCCCUGCUGUACGCCAUGAUACCCAAAGCAGUGGCAGACAGACUACGCAAGGGAAUUACAGCCCUGGAGACAUGUCAGGUGUUCCCAGAUGUGACCAUCCUGUUCAGCGAUGUGGUGAAGUUUAACGAGAUCUGUAUCCACAUCACCCCCAUGCAGGUGGUGGACAUGCUGAAUGAGAUCUAUAUAGUUUUUGACACACUCAGCGAGAAGCACAAUGUUUAUAAGGUGGAGACCAUCAGGGAUGCCUACAUGGUCGUGGCAGGUGUGCCAAAUAAGACCACGUUCCAUGCCCACCACAUCUGUGACAUGGCUCUAGAUAUGUUGAGUUCCAUCGAUCACCUGAAAGACCCUUCCACCGGGGACAAUAUCCAGAUUCGCGUGGGUAUUCACUCUGGGAUGGUGGUUGCAGGGGUGGUGGGUUUGAAGAUGCCCAGGUAUUGUCUGUUUGGGGACACGGGCAUGCAAAUCCACAUUAGUCAGACCACCAAAGACCAUCUCGAGCAUGAGCCAUACAACAUUGAGGAACGAGGAAAGAUUUUUGUUAAGGGUAAAGGUUAUAUGAAGACAUACUGGCUGAAGGGAAAGAAGGAUCUCUCCUUUAAGACUCCAGCAGAGCUCAGAUACAGCACUGAGCAGAAAGAUUCUGAGGAUAGAAGCUCAAAUGGGUGAGGUGAAUGGGAAAAUACAUAAAAUCAUAAUAUUUAUGUGAUCUAAGCAUUGAUUAUUUUACAUUUAUGCAUUUGGCAGAUGCUUUUAUCCAAAGCGACUUACAGUGCUUUCAAGUUAUAUACUUUUAUGUUUUAAGUAUGUUCACUGGGAACUGAACAUGUGAGCUUGGUAUUUCUAGCGCCAUGCUUUACUAGUUGAGUAUCAGGAACAGGAUUAUAUGACUAAACAUUACAUGCUUUUUGGUUUUAAAUGAUCUGCAACCAUGAAUGAAGCAUUUUGAUGCCUGAAACCCAGUAGCGGUUCUAGCUUGUAUGGCGCCCUGGGCGAAACCCGCUUCAACACACAUCCAAAGUUGUUGACCGGGGGGGUCUGUGUGGGAGCCUCAUGCCGCUCCCCCGCAAGAUGCCGCCCUGGGCAACUGCCCAUGUCACCCAUGCCUAAAUCCACCACUGCUGAAACCUAAUAAUGAUAUGACUUACCUAAAAUUUUAGAGGAUCGCCUUGUUUUUCCUUCUUCCAAAAUAAACCUGACAAAAAAGGCAUACCAGUUUUCCUUCACUUCUCUUGUUUGUCUAUUGUUGUCUUGUCUUCCCUAUGUUUCUGUGUACUUCAAUCUUCAAUGUAUGUCUUUUCUUCAGUUCCACUUGCACCAACAGCAAACAUUCCCCUUCUAACCUGAACAUCCCCAAUGAUGAGGAGCAGGCUGAAGGCAAGCCAACUCCCACUGACUUGCCCCCUGACACUCUGCCACCAUUAGAGGGCGCUCCAGACUCAGGCACAUUAACCAAUGAGUCCCAGGACCAAGAAAAGGCUAAAAAGACAAAGAAUAACAAAGGAGGGAAGGCCAAGAAUUCUUUGGGUAAUGCACAGGAGAGCACUCCCCCCGCUGGUGGUCAGGAGAACACAGCUCUGGAGUUGAACAACAAAAAGCAUAGUUUAAGAAGCCAAUACUCACGAUUACCAGCCAAUCUCCCCAUGAGAAGCACAGCCUGCAAUCUGCUGUGAGAAUCCAGAAAAGAUUGCUGUGAUUGUAUAUCACAGAACAACUGGCAACAAAGACUUCACAUUUUUCCAGCUUGUUUCACAGACAGAUGAUUUGUUAAAUCAGAUCAGUUCUAGAUUGUUCAGACAACUUCAUUCGUGGCAGCAAUUCUGGGAUUCUAGGUGAGUGAAUCUGAAUGAAGAAUCUAGCUGUGGAACAUAUACCUAAUAGUUUUCCAUGCAGACUUCCAUUU